CGGCUUCCAGGCUCGCCUCGAAUACUCCUCACUCCACAUUCCCAGAAGAAGGUUUUCUGGGCGAAAUUCGGUCGAAAAUCCGGACAGGAUAUCGGUGAGGAAAGCCUCGAGGCUCGCUUACGGCACCUACAGCACGGGACUUUGCAACGUGAAGUAUCCAGGCGAAUAUCGCUUACUUCGUUCCUGCAGCUGCAGCACGAGAGUAUGAUAGGCAAAUGAUAGGUGUGGCUCAUCGUUUGCGUUUGCCGAGCAAGUACGUAGUGUGUACUUAUUGCGCCUCAAGCUUCAGCAAUUUCAUUCUCCGACUUUCUGGAAGGCUCCUUACGCGGAACUUCUGCAGUCGGCGCAGUGGCUUACGCGGACCUACGGCGCAAUCUUCAAUGCAUACUACAGCUUACUACCAUCAUGAACUCUUCGCGUGAAUAAGGUUCUCAUUGUUGUGGGUUAGCCUGGAUUUGGAUUUGCGGCAGGUCAAAUCCAUCAACUUUUCGGAAGGGAAACUUUUUUGCUUUGUUACACUGAACCUUCAUGUUUCUAAUCGAUUCCUAAGCUUCUCAUCGACAUCCUUGGCCCGACUCAUUUCGGUCCGCAGAGCGCUGUUUCAUUGUCAGCUUACGCGGCCUUUCUCAACUCCCCCCGGAUCUCCCCAACCUAUCGAAGUCAUUCUAUGUAUAGAGUUGUAUUACCGUUCAACUUGAGCGUAGCGCUCUGAAGCUGGAAUGACUGAACGCUGUUGAAUCGUAUUUAAACGGUAAAGCUUGGGGAGUGGCGGCGUUUACAAGCCUCAGCCUCAUGGACAUCUUCAAUCUUUUCAAACACGAAUCAGUCACUUCCAACGGAUCUCCAGCACCAGACCAAACGACUUACGCUCAACAUCCAGAUAAGGCUGGUCUGUUAGUAGCGGGCGAACUAGAGAAGGCAUUAGAAGAAUGUAAAACGAAAGUCGCUAGGAUUGCAGCGGAAUGCAGAGCGAAGAACAGGCGAUUCAGGGACCAUGAAUUUGACCUCGAAAACGACACUGAACGAUGUUUGCAUGGCCUUGGAUGUGCAGAGAGGUACACUCCGUCUGACGUGCAGCGAGUCACACAAAUCUUCGAAAAACCGCGAUUUUUUGUGGAUGGAACGAGCUCGAACGAUAUCAUACAAGGUCUUUAUACUAUUGGGGAUUGUUGGUUCGUCUCUGCUUUGGCAACCAUUGCCACUUGGGAGGGUCUUGUGGAGAAGUUUUGCGUCGCAAGAGACGAGCAAAUCGGCGUAUAUGGAUUUGUCUUUUUCCGAAAUGCCUCUUGGGUUAAUGUUAUAAUUGACGACUUUCUCUAUACGAGCAUCCCCAAAUUCGAAGAGCUGUUGUUCACCGAGAAACAACUUUAUCACCACAACAAGGAGAAAUUCAACAAGGAGGCGAGAAAAAGUGGGAAGGUGUUAUACUUUGCUAAACCCGGCACCGAUGGCGAAACAUGGGUUCCUUUGAUUGAGAAGGCUUAUGCAAAGUUACAUGGAAGCUAUGGUGCCCUGUGCGGAGGAUGGUCGUCUGAGGCUGUGGAAGAUCUCACUGGAGGAGUCUCGACUUUUAUUCCUACGAAUGACAUUCUGGACGUCGACAAAUUCUGGACUGACGAACUUUGCAAAGCCAACGUCGACCGUCUCUUCGGAUGCUCAUACCAGUCGCUCGAUAACACCAGAAAUGGUGCUUUAGGACCGUUGGAUCUCAGUGGACUUCACGGCAAUCACGCCUACUCUGUCUUGCGAGGCGUCGAGUAUAAAGGAAAGCGUUUCGUGAUUAUUCGUAAUCCCUGGGGACAGUCGGAAUGGACCGGUCCUUGGUCGGAUGGAUCGAAAGAAUGGACAACGGAGUGGCUCGGAGCUCUUCCUGUGCUGGGUCAUGAAUUUGGCGAUGAUGGACAGUUUGUCAUGGAAUACAAUCAUUUCUUGGAAUCUUGGGACCAGAUCGACCGCACUUUACUAUUUGAUCCUUCCUGGGUCAUGUCAUCCCAGUGGCUUCACGUCACGACUAAACCUUUACCCUGCGCUUGGACCUAUGGAGAUGUUUCCUUCACCUUCAGCUUACCCGCAGCUUCAAAGGCGGUCAUCGUGCUAUCACAAUUGGAUGAUAGAUAUUUCCGUGAAAUCUCUGGACGGUUCUACUGGACUUUUGAUUUUGCCCUGUUCAAGAAGGGAGAGAAGCAACAUAUCGCUGAGUCUCCUACUUCGAGGUUGAGCUGCCGUAGUGUCAAUUUGGAAGUCGACCUGGAGGCUGGUGCUUAUGUCGUGCAUGUACGACUUGACCGCCGAGUCAGGGAUGACAGAGCAAAAGACUACUACGAGUCAAAGUUGGCGGAAUGGGAUCAACGGACUCUCUCGCGAGUUCUUACUGAGAGAGCAAAGAGUCAAUCCAUCGCUUCUAACUUUCAUGCUGAUGUCGAAACCAAGAACCUUGCUAUUCCCCUUGACAUCCUCGCCGGCCAGGACCUCUCCGAGCUCGAGAAGAAGGCGCAUGAGAUCGCCAAAGCCAAGAAGGAGGGAGAAGAGACCGAGGAAGCCAACAACCAGGGAAGGGAAGGUGAAGAGACGAAGUACCGUAAGGAAGAAACGGUUACGACGACGACGACGACUAUGGUGACCGAAAAAGUCAUUACUACUACCCAAACGCGGCCGAAGACUGCGGCGGAAGGGGAGUUUCAAGUGGAGACGAAGGAAGUUGGCUGGAAUAGUAGCGCCAUUGGUCCCGAUUCUCCUGGCACUGAUGGCAAGGGUGAUAAUCAGGUAGAAUCCUUGAAGAAGGACAUUGGAUCCGAGGAUGAUUCGAUCUUCCUCGGGCUGAAGGUUUAUACGAAGAAGGAAGCUCCGGUCGAGAUCAGUGGACAGCUCAGGCAUGAGAUGGAGGUGUCGGCGGCGUUGGCUUUGAAGUGAAAGUUGAAUAUAAAUUUUUUUUGUAUCUAUAGCCCCACUCAUUACUUCCUGUGUAUCGAUUAAUUUCCUGCUCGUUAUUUGAAUUAAAAACCCACCA